GUGAGGCUGUCGGUCAUUGCUCCGAUCCAGUUGAUCGAGAUAUACAUGUUUGCGUGCCUCAUCGAAGAAAAUAUAUCUUGAGCAUUGCAGGUGCAAAAUGGGAAGAGGAGGCUGCAGUCGGACCAAUCACAGUGAAGGCAAGAGCUGCCAAGUGACCUCUUAGGAACAACAUUAAAUCCUCCUUCCUCAUCUACAUCACAUGACCUCGCUGUUUGCUUCAAGAAAAUCUCCGAGAAUCUUCAUUCUCUCAAUUCAGCAGUGCCUCCUGCUCUUUCAGUGAAUUGCUGCAGUCUACCUGAAAACUAAUUUGAGGACUUUAGUUUUAUUUUGCUCAAUGUUCGGAACGACUAUACAUAGCGAAGGCGCGUCAACGCAGCAUCAGGCCGCUCCCACUUCCGGUAUGUAGCCGCUAUCCCGAAGAGGGGGCAAAAAAAAAACCACACAACAACUUAAGCUCGAUCCGUUACACGGUAGCCAUUGAGCCCGUUGAAAAUUCGGCGCUUAAUCGGACGUCCGCUCCUGACCGGGUGAGGUGAAGGAGGUUACCGGAGACAACAUGGCCCAGCCAAGGUAACCUUUUCCCCGGGCCUGAAGGACGGACAACGGUCGGUUGGUCCUAUGGAGAGGCCGGUGAGACUGCUGCUCUCGUCCGAGCUGCGCAUCCGCAACGUCGGGCACGAAGUGAGCCUGUGCCGGUCCCUUCUCACCUGGAAGAGGCGAACCUCCAGCCCGGUGUACCAUCCGUUCAAAGCCAGCGUGUGUCAUAGCGUGCGCGUAUCGGAAAUCAUCAGUGUGCGCGAAGAGGAGCCCGAAGAGGAUCGGAACGAUGGGAGCUGGAAGAAGAUCCGAGAGGGACAAGCCAAAGACCGCAGGCGGUCUUUCACAGUGACGUACGUGGAGAGGUGUCGGCGGCACCGCUGGCGGUGCGCCCACGUCACCUUCGCGUGUCCUCAGGUAGCACUGUGCCACCGCUGGGUCAGCACCAUCAGAGAGCAGCUGGAAGCCAUCGGCGGCAGACCUACACAGCUGCUGGUGUACAUCAACCCGUACGGCGGCAAACGGCAGGCCAAACGAGUCUACCAGCAGAAGGUGGCGCCGCUCUUUGCUCUCGCCGGGAUCGGCACGCACGUCAUUGUGACCGAGUACGCCAACCACGCCCGGGACCACCUGAGGGAGGAGGCGGAGCUAAGGAAGUACGACGGCGUGGUAUGCGUGGGCGGUGACGGCAUGUUCAGCGAGCUGGUGCACGGCUUGGUGUGGCGAACCCAGAGGGACGCCGGCGUGGACGUCAACCGGGCCGAGCAGACGCUGGUCGCCUGCCCGCUGCGCAUCGGAAUCAUCCCAGCAGGCUCCACAGAUUGUAUCUGCUUCGCCACAGUGGGCACCAACGACCCCGUGACCUCUGCCCUGCACAUCAUCGUGGGCGACCGUCAGCCCAUGGACGUGUGCUCGGUGCACCACGGCAACGCCUUCCUGCGCUACUCGGUGUCGCUGCUGGGCUACGGCUUCUACGGCGACGUGCUGACGGACAGCGAGAGGAAGCGCUGGAUGGGCCCCGCCAGGUACGACCUGGCCGGCCUCAAGAUGUUCCUCACUCACCACCACUACGAGGGCACCGUGUCCUACCUGCCGGCCGGCGGCGGCGGCGCCGGAGCGCCCGGCGACGCGUCCAGGUGUCGAGCCGGUUGCUCAGUUUGCGGGGACAACGGGAAGCUCUUGUCGGAGAGAGCCGCCGUUUACCAGACGGACCCGCACGAGGCCAGCGAAAAGGACGACAGCGAUGACGAUGGCGGCGGCGGCGGCUGGCGGAGCAUCCGCGGCAAGUUCCUGGCCAUCAACGCGGCCAGCAUGAGCUGCGCGUGCCCCCGCAGCCCUAAAGGCCUGUCGCCCGCCGCCCACCUGGCCGACGGCACCGCCGACCUCAUCCUGGUGCGCAAGUGCUCCCGCUUCAACUUCCUCAGGCACCUCGUGCGCCACACCAGCAAGGACGACCAGUUUGACCUGUCCUUCGUGGAGGUGCACCGCGUGCGGCGCUUCCGCUUCACCCCGCGACACUGCCCCAGCGACUCUGAGCUGGAACUGGAGCCGCUGGACGGGAAGCCUCGGCAGAUCUUCGGAAAGAUCUGCCGAGAGCACCCGGCCUGCGGCUGCGCGGCCCCCUUCAGCAGCUGGAACUGCGACGGCGAAAUCCUACCGCAUGCCACCAUCGACGUCAGAGUGCAUUGUCAGCUGAUCCAACUGUUUGCCCGAGGCAUCGAGGAGGCGGCCAUGUUUGACGAGCUGGCGCCCACCUGCUCCGCGUAGGGUCGGGAUCUGCCACGACCCGCGACUUGCCUCCCUCUGCGUCUUUUGUUCAGCGGGUCUGAUCGGGUCACGUUCCACAGGGAAGGCGACGACGGUGCUGUCGCAGAGAAUCGGGAAGGCCGGCCGGCCGGCCAGGUAACGUCCAGACGCUUCAGCGUCGGGGUUGACUCGGGUCAAAGGUGAAGUCCUACUGAAUGUCGAGACCAACUGGCCACCACUCAGAUUCUUGAGUAUGUUUAGUCGGGUCUGAAUUUGGAGUCGUCGUCUUCUUCGAAUGGUGUUGGAGGCCCGCCCGGGCGAGUUGGGUCCGGUCUUUGCGAUUUUAGUGCUGGUAGGGUGAAUGACAAACCCUCGUUCGUCUUUAGUUUGCAGUUGGCUCGGCUGAGUCUAAAUGUCAAAGUCCUGCUUGAGUCCAGUCUGACUGAGAAGUCCCACUCAAAUCUUAGUGUUAAGUCCCACGUUUCUCCAGGCGUGAACGUUAAUCUCUCGAUGUCCUCGUCAAGUCUCGUCUCGAUCUUGUCUGUGUUUAGUCGGGUCUGAUCUCGGACUUGUCGGGACGCUUCCAAAGGAGUUUCUUUUAACAAUGUUUUUAUUUAUUUGCCUCCACUGUUAAGAGAGGUAGGAAAUGUUUUGUUAGCGUCUGUUACAUGACCACUGCAAUUGUUCCUCAAAAGCGAAACUCCAACUGGUUUUCCCAAGGAUUUCCAAAGAAACUCGUUUUUUUUUUGUAGCUGGUGCUAAUGUAGCACUUUUAGUCGUCUCGUAUUUGAUUGUUGAUGGACUGACUGCUCAUCGUCUCUGCUGACCUGAGCUGGACUCAUGAAAGUGACGACGAUGACGACUUUGUGUCCAUGUAGCGCCAGCCAUCUUUUUGGUUCGCGGCAAAUGCAAGAAGAACAACUGCAACAAGGAAGAGCGGUAGUGUGAAGACACUUUGAUGGACAAUUCAGUUUGGCUGGCUUGAAUUGUUACUGUGGCAACGUCGCUAGCGUCAACAUGACUUUGCAUGCUAAUUAGCUGGCAUUAGCAUGCUAGCCGCUGCAAGUUUUGGACCUCUAUGCACUCCUGCCAGCUGUAGCCUCCUCUGGAAGAAAUAAAAUCACAUCAAUAA